AGAUGUCCGCGCCCAAGAGAAGUGUGGCCCAUCUAACGUCGUGCAGAAAUUGCGUAGCCGCACAUACAAUUUAGUCGAACGGACUCUAGUUAAAUUUAAACUUAAUUUCUUACGUUUUGCGUGCAAAUUUGUGCAUUGAGUCACAGUUUCUGGACCACGUCAAACUGGGAGUUGGACAGAAUACUCAUCUGUCUUGUAUUUAGUGAAAGAUGGCCCAUUCAUUCAAGACCACUGAUAUCAGCAGUGCUGCGCAAACGUCACAAAACAUCACCAGAGACACAGUGUAUUGGAAGCGGCUGGAUCCACCACUCCACGUCAAGGAAUAUGCAGCAGUUACAAGCGUUGAUUUCUCUCCCGUGGAACCAUACAUGUUCGCAGUCACGAGUUCGUUGAAAAUUUCGCUGUACAGCUCGGUGAGUAACCAAGUGAAGCACACGAUCUCCCGAUUCAGAGAGACAGCGUACAGCGGCUCUUUCCGCAACGACGGAAAGCUGCUGGUUGCCGGAGGCGAGGAGAAAAUCAUCAAACUUUUUGACGUCGCUAAUACAAAGUCUCUUCUGCGAGUCUUCAAGGGACACACGGGGCCAAUACACAGAGUGUCCUUCGUUCCGAAUACGACGCAAAUCGCAUCCUUCUCCGACGAUCGAACCGUGAGGUGUUACGACAUUCCCGCGGAGAGGGAAGUGUCGCGAUUUUGCGGCCACGCGGAUUACGUUCGAGCCGGCGCGGUGAAUCAUGCUAGUCCGAACAUACUAGUUUCCGGUGGCUACGACCACGUGGUGAAAAUGUGGGAUGUCAGACAGAAAGACUGCGUGAUGUCGGUGGACCAUGGGCACCCUGUUGAGAGUGUUCUCUUCUUUCCGUCUGGUGGUAUAUUCUGCUCGGCAGGUGGCAGUGUCGUCAACGUCUGGGAUGCGUUUGGGAAGAAGCAGCUGUGUAGACUGAUGGACCACCACAAGACAGUGACUUGCAUGUGCCUGAGCAGUGACAAUCAUCGUCUUCUCACUGGAUCUCUGGACAGGCAUGUGAAGGUGUAUGAUGUCAGCAGCUACAAAGUAGUUCACAGCCUAAACUAUUCUUCAGCCAUUCUCAGCGUUGGGGUUGCACAAGAUGACAAAACUGUCGUUGUUGGAAUGGCGGACGGUUUACUGUCAAUCCAACAUAGGCGGCCGGAAAUUACAAAAGAAGAGCGAGAAGAGACAAGGCUCAAGAAGAAGUCUUCAUAUAAAUAUAUUCUCCAAGCUAGGACACAUCUACCAUCAAAAGGUGACUUUAUCGUGGAGAGUGAAGCAAAGAAAGUCAUCUCUAAAUAUGACAAGCACCUUCAGAAGUUCAGGGCGAGCAAGGCGCUGGACGCAGUGCUGCUCACGCACCACCGCCUCGCGCGUCCGCACGUUGCCGUCGCCGUCAUGCAGGAGCUGAUCCGCCGGGGGGCGCUGCACGCCGCCGUCGCAGGCCGCGGCGUCGACGAGCUGCGUCCGCUCGCUCGCUUCCUCGCGCGACACGUCGGCGACCCCGCGUUCGCUCCGACCCUCGUCGACGUCGCCGGGGUCACGCUCGACGCGUACGCCGCGCGCGUCGUCGCCGGUGACAAUGAGAUGGCGCGUCUGCUGCGGCCGCUGCGGCGGGCGGUCGCUCGCGAGGUCGCCGUCAUGGCGGCGAUCCCGGCCGUGCUCGGAUCCAUGGACGCCAUCUUCGCGGCGGCGUCGACGAAGUCGUACGCGAGUGUAGAGGGCGCCGGGGUUGACCCGGGAGGCUCGGCGGGGGGCGCGGAGGUAGGCGGCGCCACGGGAGGCAGCGCGGCGACACGGUCGUGAAGUAUCUGCGUGUGUGGCAACGCUAACGACCGAAUCGUUUAUUAAUCAUGUUGUUUUGUUUAAUCAGGUGGUUUUGUAAUCAUGUUGGAUUAAAACGCAUAGCAGUAUUUUAACAAGAGAAUUUUUUUUCGCUAUCAUUCGAUUUUUUGUCAGCAAACAGCAUAAUUAAUAUCGACAGUACAAUUCAUUUACCCUCGGUCUACAUGAGAA